AACUUCCCAAAAGCGAACAAAUUAUGCAGGAAAGAAAGUUUGUGAUUUUCGCCAACCCUCGCCAAGCAUUCCACGAUUAUUUAUCAUUCCGUUCAAGUUGACGGUGGGUGCAAAGAAAGGGGUGGGGAUAAAAGCGCCCCCUACAGGAAACCGGCUGAGCGAGGGGCGCGAAAUUUUCUCGUGUUGUUUUGAUCGUCAGAUCCAACACGUGGUUGGAAGAGUAACGUUGUCGACAUGCAAUAUCCUGAAGAUGGGAUGCCUCAUUACGGCCAUGGGGAUGGAUCGGCCGGCGGUCUAUAUGACCCCCAUAGGCAAAAUCUUAUGAACCACCAUGGUGUUUAUCAUGCCAAUCAUGUGUCUAUUGCUAAUCAUGUCAUGGGAUCUACACCUGAUGUCGGAAAAAGGGAUAAAGAUGCCAUUUUUGGACACCCGCUUUUUCCUCUGUUAGCCUUGAUCUUUGAAAAAUGUGAGCUGGCCACCUGCACCCCUAGGGAACCAGGCAUCGCUGGGGGUGACGUCUGUUCCUCCGAGUCUUUCAAUGAGGAUAUCGCCUGCUUUGCAAAACAGAUUAAGGAAGAAAGACCAUUGUAUGAUGCCAAUCCUGAACUAGAUAGCCUUAUGGUGCAAGCAAUCCAAGUGCUUAGAUUCCAUUUGUUAGAAUUGGAAAAAGUUCAUGAGCUCUGUGAUAACUUUUGUCAGCGUUACAUCAGCUGCCUAAAGGGUAAGAUGCCCAUUGAUUUGGUUAUCGAAGAGAGAGAUACUAAACCUGAGUUAGGGGACACCAAUAACAACAGCAACGGUAGCAGUUUCUGUGGUGGUCCUCCCUGUGUCUCCAGGGGUAUGCUGGAUACUUCCGGCGGACAUAGUACUGAUAGUGGCUCUACACCAGAUCAGGGCCACUAUGAAGACAUGUCUGUGGGAAAUAUGGAAAGGCUAGGGAGACCACCUUCACAAUCCCUGAAUUAUGGUUCCGUAGGCGAUGAUGUUCGGUCCCCCACGGGUUCAACUGGCACUCCAUGUCCUCUGUCACAACAGCCUUCUUCCCAACAAAGUACAGACAAUAACAGUGAAGCUGGUGAUGCGAGUAUUUGUUCAGGAGAAGGCUCAGGUGAUGAGGAUGAUGAUGAAAGGGGUGGUAAGAAAAGGCAGAAGAAGAGGGGUAUUUUUCCUAAAGUAGCAACAAACAUAAUGAGGGCAUGGCUAUUUCAGCAUCUUACGCACCCGUAUCCAUCUGAAGAUCAAAAAAAGCAGCUUGCUCAAGACACAGGUCUUACGAUUCUACAGGUAAACAAUUGGUUUAUCAAUGCCCGUAGAAGAAUAGUUCAACCUAUGAUUGAUCAGUCAAACAGAGCUGGAGGGACUAUGGGAACACCAGGACCGACAUACAGCCCUGAAUCCUCUGGUAUGGGCUAUAUGAUGGAUGGAGUGUCGCCCAUGCAUAUCAGAUCAUCCAGCCUGCAGAAUUUGCCUUGCCCAGAGAACAUGACCAUUGGCCAUAUGGCAGGAUAUUCUCAGCUCAGGUCACCGGUCCACUCUCAAGGAAUGCUUCUUUCUGGACACCCUAUGAUGAUGUCACAUGGUGCACUACCCCCACCUCCGCAUGGAUCGCCUUAUGAUAGUUCUCCCCCCAGUAUUAUGGACUUGCACAAUAGUUAGUUUAUAAACCAAUAUUCUUGAUAUGGAUAAUUUUGUGUUGUGUAGAACUUUGUCCAUUUUGUAUACCUCCCCCAAAAAAACCUUAAUCAUGUUCAAUUUUGUAGUGCAAUAAUAAUUUCAUUUCAAGUGUCAUAAAUUUAUUGUUACUGUGGCUCUUCCACUGCAAAAAUGCUCGUCAAUUCUACAGGUUUUAAAAUUAUUAAAGAAAGAAUUUUUUUAGCAUAACUUUAGUUCUUAUCCUUUAUUGUUAAUAACUUCGUCUGAAAUUAAACAUAUACGUAUUAACAAUAUAACUUAAAAAACAAUAUUUUAAAAUGCUACAAAUUUUAACCACUUACUUAAAAGAAAUCAAUUAUUUAAAUACAUUUUAGCUGAUAUAUGUUGUUAAUUUUAAUAUAGUUUUUAUCAUUAUAAAUUGUGUAUUUUAUGUUUUUAAAAAAAAAUAGUUUGUGUUCAAAUAAUUGUCGGAAUGUUUAGUGAUUUUUGUACAAAUGAAUGGUCAUGUUAAGUUAAAGUGUGUAUCUUCUUAGAAAAAUGUUUUAAAAUGUGAUGAUGAUUGCUGUAAAACGUCUUUGUAUAUAAAUAUAACACUGAAUAAAUUAAUCAGUAUUAAAUUACAUA